AUGAAUUACAUAGCCUACCCAAAUGUCAACUGCAGCGACUCACUUCCACUUGCAAACGCUGAGUAUGCGCUCUUGUAGCCAAGCCAUACGAUUUGAGGGAUUACGAAGACUGGUUAAAAAUAGCUUCGUGUCAAUGUAUAUGUCAGUUUAAAACAAUUAAUUCUCUCAACAAUGAAGAAAGGAAAACAGUAGUGUAGUGUAUAGUGUAUUGGAUAAGCGUGGUGCACACUGGAGAGGUUUCUGCGUUUCAGAUACCGUAUUUCAAUAAAAAUGGCAGCGGCAAGGACCAACCUAACGCGACAGUGAGGACGACAGAAGUAAUCAUUUCGCCAAAUAUCGACAACGUACAGAUUAAAUGGUCGGAUCAAUGUCUUCCCCAUGUGCGGCUUUGCCAGUUUUUACAUUGAUGAUUCUGCUGUGUGGCGAACCAGCAGCAGCAGCAAAGAAAUGGUGUACUGCAUCUUCAGAAAUUGGUGCAUUUGUCCAGUUGGGUUCAAGUUUUCGCAUGUACUGCACCAGUGAAUACCCUUGCCCUGGAAAGAAAUCAAUUCACAUCAAUCUGGAAGAGGUCAAUUCUCAUAUCCACAAUGAUACAACAUCAUCUGUCACUGUUACAAAUAUCAGAGAGAAUAAAACCUUCACCUGCAAGUGUACAACCUCUUCUAAAGAUUCAGGAAUCUGUGGAUAUGACAUCUAUCCUGGAUACCCACCGCAGGCACCUGAGAACUUGACAUGUAUUCAAAAAGGGGAAUCUGGAAGUAUAACAUGCUCGUGGAAAAAGGGAAGGGAGACCCACCUCUGGCCAACAUCACAGUUAUGGGUGAAAACGGUAGCUCCGAAUGGCACCGCAGUGGUCAUCUCCAAACUUGGAUCUGGCUCUGUGACAUUUCCGGUCUUUAAAUCCCAGACUUUCUACUCUGUGUGGGUCACAGAGACAAACAAGCUGGGCUCUGCAGUCUCCGAAAGCCUGAAUUUUUCACUCAAUGACAUAGUCAAGCCCCUGCCCCCAGACAUAAAUGGAGUGAAUUGCUCCUCUCGACACUGUAUCCUCCAUUGGGACAGCGGACAGAACCCACUACGCAUGCAAGUCCAGUACCGCACUGACCAAGGAAGCUGGACUACUCCCCUCUUCAUUCAGGCAAAUGCAAACCAGACCUGGGUCAUGCAGGACCUAGAACCAUUGACGAUGUAUGAAAUGCGAGCCAGGUGCAAGCUCAUGCCAGGGAGAGGUCUAUGGAGUGAGUGGAGCACUGUCCAGAGCAGAACUGACGAGGAAGUUCCGCUUAAGAAGCUGGACAUAUGGUACACUGAAGAGUCCCCCCAGUCCCAAAACACAGAUCUCACUGUGCUCUGGAAGGAGCCGAGUAAAUCUGAGGCAGGAGGAAGGAUUCUUGGAUACAGCCUAGAGGUUCACGAUCUAAAGCAGGGAGGCACCACAUUGUACAACACCAACAGCAGUGCUGGCUGUUCAAUCGCCUGCACUCGCUGUAACGUCACACUCUUUACCUACAACUCCAAGGGCCACUCGCCACCUGUUCACAUAACCCUACCUCUUCAGACAGACCAGUCUGAAGUUGCCCCUCUGAAAGUGCGGUGCAUGCCUCAUAGUAACAGCAGUAACAGCAUCGCCAUCUCCUGGCAGAAACCUGCCACUGCACGGCCUGUGCGCGAGUACCUAGUGGAGUGGCACCCAGCUAGAAACAGGAAGCAGGGGCUCAGGUGGAAAAGGAUAAAUCAUGACCAGCUCCACACUGUCAUCACAAAGGACAUACGUCCAGGUGACUGCUAUAAAGGAGCCGUCUACGCACUGUAUGACAACAUAAUCGCUGGAAAGGCCAGUUUUUUGGAUGCGUUCUCAUUGGAAUCAGCUCCUACACAGGGCCCUUCUCCCUCUGUGACUGUGGGAGAUGGCAGAGUGACUGUGACUUGGACAGAAAUCCCACUGGAACAGCGGGGAGGUUGCCUGAAGAGAUAUACAAUCUACCUAGAACGGGCAAUGGACAGGACCGUUCGAAAGUACGGUCCAAUAGACCCUUCUUUGACAAGUUACAGUGCUCUCAGUGGCCUGCACCCUGGAGAAAAGUACAACUUGUCAAUGACAGGGAGCACAACUGCAGGAGAGGGACACCGGGGAAGGACCUGCAUCUUCUUCUUCCCGCGCCAGGAAGACCAGCAGGUGCUUUCUGUCAUCAUGUUUGCCAGUUGCACCUUCUUUUUGUGUUUGCUCCUGGUCAUAAGUUUGUGGCAGAUCUCAUCAGUACAGCAAAGAGUUUCAAAGUGCUGCUUCUGCAUAAUGCCUGACAUUCCAGAUCCUGCCAACAGCAAAUGGGCAAAGGAGUGUGCAGCAAUCAAGGGACAAUUGAUGCUGGAAUACCAGUUGAGCCUGGAUGACUCCAUUGAAAGUGAGGAGGAGCCUCAUACCAUGGAGGUACAGGAAUUUUCGAUGCCUUGGGAUUUAGUUAACCCGGAGCUCAGCAGUACGUCCCCCCCGGUUGGGGGCACCACUGAUCUGUGCCUCCUGCUCCAGCCCAACCACAGCCCUUUGCAGGCCCCACCCCUGUAUGAAGGCCAGCUGACCUUCUCUUACAUCAAGAGCUUAUCCCAUGAAUCGAGCAGCUCAGAGCAGACUCAGGAGACCAAGAGCACCGAUGUGACUGUGGACUACAUCUCUCCCCAAGGCCUGCUGGCUGACGGCAGCGAGGUGGAGGCAGAGGAAGACUGUCUGGGAGACCUGAACUUUUUCCCAUAUCGCCCGAGCCCCUUCCUAGAGCCUAUGUUUCCAUGCGGGGGAAAAUUGACUUUGGAUGCAGUGAAGAUAGACUGUAGUUUCCUGGAGUAAAUGUAAACCUAUUCACCAUGCCCACAAACAGGUUUUUUCACACUGGGACAGGGUAACAAGUGC